CAACAAACAUGGCGGGCGAGAGCGACACUUGUUGACGGGCAGGAUCGCGUCUCGGCCUCCUGCUCGCCCUCUGACCCCGUGACCUGCUGGGAUGAUGUGACCUCGGGGUGGCCACAGGUUCCAAGAUGAGUGGGCUACGCCGGCUCCGCGUAGCGGAGCUCCAUCCAAAUCUCCUCUGCAUUCUCUGUGGGGGAUAUUAUGUGGAUGCAACCACCAUCGUCGAGUGCCUCCAUUCUUUUUGCAAGACCUGCAUUGUACGGUACCUGGAAUCAAGCAAAUUUUGUCCCAUUUGCGAUGUCCAAGUCCACAAGACGAAACCUCUGCUGAGCAUCAGACCGGACAAAACCUUGCAAGAUAUAGUUUAUAAAUUGGUCCCCGGCUUGUACCAAAACGAGAUGUGCCGACGGAGAGAGUUCUACACAGGCCACCCAGAGACGCAGCCCAUGAGCCAAGAGGACGGGGGCAGUGACGUCGGCCGAUGGUACAUCCUCCCCGACGACCCUGUUUCCCUGGCGCUCUGUCCUGCCCCCCCAAUACUCAGCCCAACCCCCCCAUCACACCCCAACAAUCAUGGCUGCUUAACAGAUGGCUCUGGGGUGACAAGGGGAGAGGUCAUGCCACGGUUGUCUGAAGUUACUUCUCUCCCCCAGAAGGUUCGGGGUAGUCACAUGCGCUACCUGCAGUGCCCUGCAGGAGUAAGUGUGGCCCAGCUGAAGCGACUCCUGAGGGCCAAGUUUGGGGUGGGGCCCUCUCACCCCAUGGCCCUCCUCACAGGCUCUUCCGACGACCCCCUCAACGAUACACUGACACUGGUCGACGUGGCCUACAUUACAUCAUGGCAGCGGACUGAGCCCUUACAGCUGCUGUACCGAAUAUAUGAGAGAGCAAGCAAGAAAAUCAAACUGGACCCCGACACCUUCAGCAAGGAUUCUGGGAGUCUGUCUGAAGACAUGCCCAAGCUGGAGCCCAAUGUAGGAACGGAUGUGGGUAGUAUUACCUGUGGUUCCUCUGACUCGGCCGGCAAUCUGACAGACUACCGGUGUGCCCCAUUGCUGCAGGCAGUAGGGGUGCUGGGCUACCCUCUGCCUCUCAAAAGUGAGCCUCCCCCUGAAGCUCCUGCACCAUUGCCAUAUGUGGACAUGGCCUCGGAGGUGGCCCAGCAGAAUGAGGGCCCCCGGCUAAGUGCAGCUGUCAAGCAGGAAGACGCGCUGACUGCUAAGCCAAUGGAAAUAAUGGCCAGUGAGAAGGAAAGGCCUUUGCAAGGAGUGACCAAUUCAGUGAGUGAAAUGAUACAGGGCAACAGUGAGGUUAGUGGUAAUGAUGCAAGCAAAGGGCACAGCAUGCUCCAUCCCAGUGACAGUGUAGGUGGUGGAGCAUUGGUGACAUACACACCAGGCUUUCCUGCACCCAGCAAUGGUGUCAAUGUGGGGAUUGCAUUUGUGCCAGCAGAGAUGGCAUGCGUGGCCCCUUCGGCGGUCCCUUGUGCAAUAGUCCCUAGUGAGGGCUGCAUUCCAGUGAGUGAGAACUGCAUUUCCGAAGGUGUUGAGGUACCUGCAGGGGCAAGCAACACCAACACACAGACGCAAAAGCAUGCCAAUGGGAGUGUGGGUGGGGCUGUUGGGCCCAAUAGUUGGGGUGGUUUAGGACCUAAGAAGGAAACUGAGGCAGGAAUUAGUGAUGUGAUAGUGCCUAAAGAGAACAAGGAAGAGAGGGAAAAGAAGAAGAAGAAAAAGGACAUGGAAGAGGAGGGAAAAGAGGUGCAGCUCAAGAUAAGCGAGUCGGGAGUGAUGAGUGUGUGUGGGCAGGACACUACAGUAGAGGGUGUCAUCAACUCACUGCAGACAGAAGCUUGUGAACUCUUAUCAAAGAUUGAAAGUGGGUCUCUGGGUGAGGACUUCCCAGUGAAAGAUGUGGUCAGAGACCAGAAGUCCUCUAGUGAUUCUAGUGCUGAGAGUAAAAAGAUGAAAUUAAAGGAAGCUCAGAGAGCAGGGGGUGAGAAGGGUCCAGUGAGUAAUGAGAAUGUAAAUGUUGACUGUGCACGAGAGGUAGGAGAAAAGAGAAUAUCCCCAAGCCAAGAAGGUGUGCCUGAUUUUAAUCAAAAAGGCUUGAGUGGGGUCAGCAAAGAUUCUAAGGAAGCAAGAUCUUGUGACAAGUCAAGAAUAGAUGGCAGUGCAGAAGUGGGGCCAAAGGUGAAGCCUGCGACUGAGACUAGGGAGAAGGCAUCAGACAGGAGGUCCUCAGAUGUCAGAAGAUCUGUUGAGCAGCAGCAACCAAACAGUGUGAAGGAAAACAGUGGGAAUGGCAAGGAUGGUCGCUCAAGCCACAUACCAGCCAGCCUGACAGCUGCAAGUCUAGCCAACCUCAACAAACCACACUUGAAGGCAGGGACUUCAAAGGUUCAGACAGAGGAAGACACCAAAACCAAGGAGAAACCAAGUAACAAUGGCCUCAACACCAAGAGGGAGGGCAAGCCGGAGUCAGCAGCCAAGGCCCCAGUUGGAGGCUGUCGUAAGUCGUCGCAGCCCUAUGGCUAUAAGACACUCAAGACACCGCCCAAGAGCUGGAACCCAACUAUCUCCAGAGAGCUCUUGGUGGCUGGCAAAUCUGCCAUCAACAAGGGCAACCAUGAAGCUCCCCGUACAAACAAGUUCUUCAAGGUCCGCAAUGCUCCUCGCUUCCUGGGCAAUCCUAAUACCGGAGUCAGACCUAUGUACUCUGGAACCAAUGAGAGUAACAGCUGUAUGAAGCGCACCCUUAUGUCCAAACUGGAUCCCAAAGGUACGGGCCCCAUGACAGUGACAGCAAACAAUGAUGUGAGUUUGUCAAGCUAUACGUCGGUAAACUCAGGCACCACUUCCUGUGUGUCUUCCGUUCAGUCACUGGCCUCUUUACCAGCCCAGGUAACUGCAAGUCCAGGAGGUGCGCUCAUGGUCACAGCAACCACCAGCCUGGUGACAUCUUGUGCUUCACAGAGCAACAGUUGUACAACAGUAGUAGGAAGCCAAAUUGGAGGUUCUGAGGCAGACAACACUGUGGUCACCAGUACCAAAGCUUCCUCUACCUUGCCUGCGUCAAUUGCAAGUGGGACAAAGGAAAGUACAAAUCAAAGUUCAAAAGUCUGUUUUAAUACUAAUAGUUUGGCAGAGAAUAAGUCUGAGAGUAAGGCUACCCAUCACAACAGUGGUAAGACUGUCACGAACAACAAACCCCCAAGCAACAUCAAUAAUUCAGCAAACAAAACUGAGAAGAAGGCUCAGCAGAUUUCACACAGCAACAACUCCAAGCCAGAAGUUAGUGGGGAGAGUGGAACCUCAAAGGUGGACGUGAAAGUCAAUUCGAGCAGUGCAGUCAUACCAACACGGACCACAAUUACACACCCUGUCUCUAAUGCUCCUGUUAUGAUGCAGCAAAAAACUGGGGCUUCAACCAGCAUAACCACAUGCAUUACACAGGUGAAACCAGCAACUGUCAACUCUCUGACAAUUUCCAAUACAGUCCACCAGCCUCCACAGCAGCUAACCAUGGCAGCACCAGCAGUUGGGGUUGGCAUUAUCCCCUCCUGUGGAGUGACCUUCCCAGCAGCCAUUGGCAACUUGCCCUUGCCUUGCCACACCAGCUCUUCCAUCAGUUAUCCAACAUAUCCAUACAUCUACCAAGGCGCAGAACCCAUCAGUCUUAUUCCACCUCAUCCCUCUGCUUCUUUCAUACCAACAUUCCCCACCUGCCUCCCGCAUCGGCCAGCGCUGGGCUCAAGGGGUAUAGGAGGAGCCAAAAUCAUGCCAGAGUUGUCCCUGCAACAGAGCCUUCUCCCAGUGCUGCCUUUGGUGUCACAGGUGUCCCCCCAAACGCUCUCACCUCGCCCCAUGACUCCACCCUCCCCCAGGACACCCACUUCAUCGCAGUCUCCCAGGCCAUAUCCAGCCCAAUCUCCCAGACAGUCUAGUUCCAAUCAGUCCAGACCUGUCACACCACAGUCCCCAAAACAGUGCCAGGUGGGGAAGGCAGAAACGCAGCCUGGAAAAAACAGUGGAACACCUUCAAUGGCUGGGACACAGUCAACAAAGAUGGGGAAUACUCCUGUUCAAGUCACACAGCCUCUCUGGCCGGGCAGUUGUCCUAAGCAGGUGACUGGGCCUGGCCAGGUGUUUACAUCAACUCAGCCAAGUCCUCAGUCCCCUGGUCCUCCUCCUUCCACCUUUGCCACCAUGAACACGUCACUCAGACUGAAUGCUUCUGUACAAACAUCCAGCUCUCACACCUUAAUCACUCCAAAGACUCAGUGGAGCUCCGUUAAUUCUUCUAAACCUGUCGUGCCUCAGUCCUCAAAAGCUCUGAUGAUCAGUCUGCCAGGACUAUCUAAUACCCAUGGAGUGCAGACGACCAUAUCAGAUACAAACCGACCACAUACUCCACAGUCCCCGAAGUCCCCUCGACCCCAAACCCCCCAGUCUCCAAGGCUCUCGAGUUCUGCUCAGUGCACAGUACCACAGGGAGUAGCUAAGCUCACCAGUGCUGUUGAAUCUCCCAGACCUCAUACCCCUCACUCCAGGUGUUUACCCAACCUGCCACGCUCACCCUCACAAGCUAAGAACGGUGGGAACAAGGAAAAGGCCCACCUUGCUGAAGGGCAACCAGGCAAUAAAAGGAGUGAAGGCAUUGCUAAUGAGGCUGUAGGGAGUUCUAGCCCAAACCCUCCUGUGAUAACACCAUCCAUUACCCUUGCUCCGGCUGGGACUACCGUGACAUCAGGAGCAGUGACUCCCUCUUUAGCUAAUUCAUUAGGAAACAAAUUCAUCCUCCCUCAAGGAGCACAAAUGGCACUCCCUCUCCCAACAAGUUUUGCAUCCCUGUACCUAGAGGGUGUCACAAAUGCUCUACCAGUCUCACUGGCCAGUCCAGGAAUGUCUGCAGACUUGUCAGGAGUGACCCUGUCUCCGUCAUGUAAUACGUCCCUGUAUAUUCCCUCGAGUAACAUUUCUAGUACGAUGCCAUUCAUACCAUUUAGUAAUUCAGCCCAGUUCCCCAUACCUACAUGUGCCACAGUCUCUGUCUCUCAGUCCUUCUGUCCAACAAACACUACAGUGUCCCCCAAUUUGCACCUGUUGAACACAAAAAUGCCUGCAGUUCCCAUUAAUAAUACACAGCCUUCAAAACCAAGUGGUUCAAGCAGACUCUCAGCAAACAGCUUAGCAAACAUUUCAUCAGCUGUUGCAGUGCAGGGUGUUGGUAAUUUGGUUGAUACAAUUCUGCUAAUAGUUCAGUGAUGGGUACAUCCCCCACACCUUCGGGGGCAUAUCUACCAUUACCAUGCAGCACUGUGUCAAGCCCUUUUACUGUGCCCAGGAUAGAAUCCACAACUUCCAUAGCAGGCACUGCUUCUACUGCAGCCAUGUCCUCAAGCACUUC